AUGUCUUCAGCGCACGGCCGUAGUGCGACCCCCGACAGCAUUCAAACCGUACGCGUCGGGGAUGAUAUACAAAACCUGGAGAAAGCUCUGUCAGAACAGCCGGUGAAGCUUGACAUCGAACAUGCUCUCGUCAAAGACGAUCCACGACAAUGGUCCAGAGCGCGGAAGUAUUGUGUGGUGGUGAUGAUCUGCGCGGCCGCUAUGAUUGCUGGUUUGGGCGGUAACAUCUACAAUCCCGCGAUUACCCAGAUUGAAGCGGACCUCCACGCGACGAGUUCCCAACUUAGUCUGACGGUGUCCCUCUUCAUACUCAUUCAGGGAGGGUUUCCUGUGUUUUGGAGCGCGGUUAGUGAAAUCCAAGGUCGCAAGAUUGUGUACCUGGUCUCCAUCUCGCUCUGCACUUUAGGCUGUGUGGUCUCUGCGUUAGCGAAAACCAUUGACGUGCUCAUAGGCAUGCGAUGUUUGCAAGCUGCAGGAGCGAGUGCUGUCGUGUCCAUCGGUGCGGCCACGCUGGCUGACCUUUUCGAGCCAGCCGAAAGAGGAACUAUGAUGGGCAUAUACUUAUGUGCUCCCUUGCUCGGCCCCUCACUCGGACCCAUCAUUGGUGGCAUACUCACGCAGGCGUUUAACUGGCGUGCGACGUUCUGGUUUCUGGUCAUCUUCACAGGGCUCUGCGCUAUAUCCUUCAUUUUCUUCGUGGAUACGUUCCGUCAUGAGCGUAGCAUGUCGUAUCAGGCUGCCCUCAAGAAGGCCAUGCAUACUCCAGAUCUUACGCCCCAUGCCAAAACAGAUCCAGCACACGGCGUCGAUGCAUUGAGCAAGCUAUCGGAGACCGGACAUCCUGUGCACGAGUCCCAGGACGAUACGAUGUCCGCUGUCACUACCAUUGCGGAAAUCCCAGAAGCUGAUAUGCCGAAGGGAGUUUCCAUGCCUGCACAGGAGGUGAAGCUUACUCUAAAAGACGUCAACCCGGUGCGGCCCAUGCUGCAGGUGCUGCGGCGACCAAACAAUGUCGUAAUCAUCCUCGCGUCUGGUACUAUCUUGUAUACGGCAUCGAUCACGCUGGCCAAUGCGUAUCACUAUGACGCAUUGAGAAUCGGAUUGGUCCUCUUGGCGUUCGGGAUGGGCUGUCUCCUUGGUAGCAUCCUUGGUGGACGCUACUCCGACUACAUCUUGGCGAAGGCGAAGGCGAGCCAUGGAGGGAAAGGCAGCGCAGAGGCACGCACAUUAUGCAUUGCUCUCGCCACAAUGUUCGCAAUGGGGUUCUUCCCCUGCGUGGUUAUAGCCUACGGCUGGGUGUGCGAGCAGCACGCUAACGUAGGCCUUUCGUCGACCGCAGUCGCCACAAACAGCUGCAUUCGAGGCCUGUUUGGCUUUGUUGCUACGGAGAUUGCGGUGCCCCUUCAGAAUUCUAUCGGCGAUGGCGGCCUGUACUCUAUGUGGGCUGGCUUGAUGGUAGUUUCUGAGCUGCUCAUCCUGCUCGUCUGGUGGAAAGGCGGCCAGUGGCGCGAGAAGUCAGCUUGA